AUAGCCAUGUGAAUGAAGAAGACAUAAAUGGCUUUUCUUCAGAGUUCAGAGCAACAGACAAAAUGAAAAUACAAAGACAAAAACAACGGUAACGAGGAACAACCAGAAAGCAACGUUUUUCAACCACCAACAACCAUGAACAACUACUUCUUCUUCCUCUUCCUCUUCUUCAUCUUUUCUUUUACCUAUUCAUCAGGGGUGCGCUUGGACAUUCACGAUAAACAUGUGGUUAUGGAUAAUGGCAUAGUUGAGGUCACAAUAUCAAAUCCUGAAGGAUUUGUUACAGAGAUUCGGUAUAAUGGAAUCGACAAUUUGCUUGAACUUCUUAACAAGGAAUCUAACCGAGGGUACUUCGAUAUGGUGUGGGAUGAAGGUAAGUCAAAGAGGAAAAAAGGUGAAUUUGACAGGAUGGAAGCUACAAAUAUGAGUGUGAUAGUGGAAAAUGAGGACCAGGUGGAGCUAUCAUUCACAAGAAUGUGGAAUUCUUCCCUUCAGGGAUUGUAUCCCCCACUCAACAUUGAUAAAAGGUUUGUAAUGGUUAGUGGAUCGUCGGGGUUCUAUACCUAUGCAAUAUACGAGCAUUUGGAUGAAUGGCCAGGAUUCAAUCUCUCCAAUACAAGGAUUGCUUUCAAGCUUAGAAAGGACAAGUUCCAUUACAUGGUGGUAGCAGGGGACAGACAGAGAUUUAUGCCUCUUCCUGAUGAUAGAGAAGAAGGAAGAGGCCAAGUUCUUGCUUAUCCUGAAGCUGUCUUGCUUGUCAAUCCUAUUGAGCCUCAAUUCAAAGGAGAGGUGGAUGACAAGUAUCAAUAUUCAUGUGAGAGCAGAAACAACCAAGUUCAUGGUUGGAUAUCCAUGGAACCACCCAAAUCCACCGGCUUCUGGAUCAUCACCCCAAGCAAUGAGUUCCGAUCCGGCGGGCCCCUCAAACAAUAUCUCGCUUCUCACGUCGGCCCCACUUCUUUAUCCGUAUUUCAUAGCACACACUAUUCCGGGGUAGAUCUGAUAAUGAGGUUUGGGCCCAAUGAAGCCUGGAAGAAAGUAUAUGGGCCCAUAUUUAUAUAUCUUAAUUCACUCUCUAAUGGAGAAAGCCCAACCGGGCUCUGGGACGACGCCAGACAACAGAUGGUGAAUGAAAUUGAAAGCUGGCCCUAUAAGUUUCCAGCUUCAGAGGAUUUUGUGAAAGCUGGGCAAAGGGGUCAAGUUGAAGGAAGAUUGCUUGUCCGUGACAGGUACAUGAGUGAUGCAUUCAUCCCAGUUAGCAGUGCUUCUGUGGGAUUAGCUUCUCCAGGAGAGCCUGGCUCUUGGCAAAGGGAAUCCAAGGGUUAUCAAUUUUGGACCAUUACUGAUGAUAAAGGCUAUUUCUCAAUUACUAACAUACUCCCUGGGGAAUAUAAUCUCUACUCCUGGGUCAAAGGAUACAUUGGUGACUAUAAAUAUGAUAAAAUCAUUAACAUAACUUCAGGGAGUGAAGUUAAUGUGGGUGAAAUUGUUUAUGAGGCACCAAGAGAAGGUGCUACUUUGUGGGAAAUAGGUAUACCUGAUCGUUCUGCUGCUGAGUUCUAUGUUCCUGAUCCUAACCCCAAAUACAUUAACAGAAUUUAUGUCAACCAUACAGAUAGGUAUAGGCAAUAUGGGUUGUGGGAGAGAUAUGCUGAUUUGUAUCCAAAAGAAGACUUAGUAUACAAUGUUGGCACAAGUGACUAUACAAAGGAUUGGUUCUUUGCUCAGGUUAACAGAAGGGAAAUAAGACAUACCAAGCAACCACUUGGCAAAUUAAUUUCAAUUUGGAAAAUGUGAAUGCCAAUGGAACUUACAAAUUGCGAGUGGCUCUGGCCUCUGUACAUUAUGCCGAGUUACAGAUUCGGGUGAAGAAUUCAUCAGAAGCAAAUCCACCAUUAUUUACAAGUGGAGUUAUUGGAUCAGAAAACACCAUAGCUAGACAUGGAAUUCAUGGGUUCUAUUGGCUUUUCAACGUUGAUAUAAAAGGCAC